CAUAAGAACAAUCCUUUUCCUGUAAUGUCCCGACACAUUUCCCCCCUUACAUGGACUGUUCCCAACAGAGUCCCCCCUUACAUGGACUGUACUCCUGGGAGUGCUCCAUUACAUGCAGUGUUCCCAUCGUGUGCCCCCUUACAUGGAUUGUUCCCAUUGGAGUGCCCCCUUACAUGGACUGUCCUCAUCAGAGUGCCCCCUUACAUGGAUUGUUCACAUCGGAGUGCCCCAUUACAUGCAGUGUACCCAUCAGAGUGCCCCCUUAUAUGGACAGUUCCCAUCGUAGUGCCCCCUUACAUGCAGUGUUCCCAUUGGAGUGCCCCC